GGAGAGACACAGCGAGAGAGGGAACACAAGCAGGAGGAGCAGCAGAGAGAGAGGGAGAAGCAGGCUUCCCGCAGCAAGGUGGAGUACAAGGGCCCUGUGCUAAGCACCCGUGAUCCUCUGGGGGUGCCACCCCUAAAAGCAGUACCCCACCAUGUUUAACCUAAUGAAGAAAGACAAGGACAAAGAUGGCGGGCGGAAGGAGAAGAAGGAGAAGAAGGAGAAGAAGGAGCGGAUGUCGGCGGCGGAGCUGCGGAGCCUGGAGGAGAUGAGCCUGCGUCGCGGCUUCUUCAACCUGAACCGCUCCUCCAAGCGUGAGUCCAAGACACGCCUGGAAAUCUCCAACCCCAUCCCCAUCAAGGUGGCCAGUGGCUCUGACCUGCACCUGACUGACAUCGACUCCGACAGCAACAGGGGCAGCGUCAUCCUGGACUCGGGCCACCUGAGCACCGCCAGCUCGAGCGAUGACCUCAAGGGUGAAGAAGGCAGCUUCCGCGGCUCUGUGCUGCAGCGGGCGGCCAAGUUCGGCUCCCUGGCCAAGCAGAACUCGCAGAUGAUUGUCAAACGCUUCUCGUUCUCCCAGCGGAGCCGGGAUGAGAGCGCCUCAGAAACCUCCACCCCUUCCGAGCACUCUGCGGCCCCGUCCCCGCAGGUGGAAGUGAGGACUCUCGAGGGACAGCUGGCGCAGCAUUCCGGCUCAGGCCUCCCUCGGCCAGGGCCCCGGUCCCGAGUCCCUGAGCUGGUGAUGAAAAGGUUCCCGGCCGACCUGCGCUUGCCCCCCGUGGUGCCCUUGCCGCCGCCCGCCCUCCGGGAGCUGGAGCUGCAGCGGAGGCCCACUGGAGACUUUGGCUUCUCCCUGCGCCGCACGACCAUGCUGGAUCGGGGCCCCGAGGGCCAGGUCUACCGAAGGGUGGUUCACUUCGCGGAGCCUGGCGCGGGCACCAAGGACCUGGCCCUGGGGUUGGUGCCGGGUGACCGUCUGGUGGAGAUUAAUGGGCACAACGUGGAGAGCAAGUCCAGGGAUGAGAUCGUGGAGAUGAUCCGGCAGUCUGGGGACAGCGUGCGGCUCAAGGUGCAACCCAUUCCAGAGCUCAGCGAGCUGAGCCGGAGCUGGCUGCGGAGUGGCGACGGACCCCGCAGGGAGCCAGCUGAUCCAGAGGGCAGCCCAAAGGACAACAGUGGCCCAUCUAGGAGUCCUCAGCCUCCCACCAGCCCUGUACCCUCAGAGACGUCCCAGAGAGCCAAGAGCCCUGCACCCACACUCGCCAUGAAUGGCCCGGGGGCUGCCUCCGCAGAAGGCCCAAGUGAGGAGGCCCAGGGCCUGUCCCGGAAGAGAGUGGCAAAUGCAGUUAGGAAGGUGGUGAGCAAGGUGCUGCCUGGCGAGGAGCCUGGGAGUGCCAAGGAGCCUUCAAGCAGAGGGAUCAGAUCCCCUGAGCACCCAGCUCGAGGCAAGAGGGGAGAAAAGGCGGCGCCUGGUCCCAAGCCACCACCUCCUCCACCUCCCCUGCCUCCCCCCGCCCCACUUAAGCCUGACGCAAAGGAGGCCGCCAAGGAUGAGCUCUCUGUGGGUCUCCGGAGCCUGAUGUCUCGGGGCAAGGGCAAGGACCACAAGCCCCGGGGCAGGCAGUCUCCGGGGAAGGGGGAGAAGCCUUCCAGCCAGGAGCCAGGCUCCUCAAGGAAGCCAGGCUCCCCAGCCAAACCUGAAAUCCCCGAGAAGCAGUGUUCCCCAGCCCCACCGGAAGAGCUGGUGGCCCCAGCCUCCGCCGGCCCGAUGUCAAACCCCCCUGGAUUGCAGCAGUCCACGUCACCGGCCCCUGGCGUGCAGCAGGAGGCAGGAGCUGCCCCUGAGGUCCGGCUGACCCCCGCAGAGGAGGCCCAGCAGCGGCUUGAGAGGAUCUUCACAGCUUCUCUGGACCCUGAGGCCGCCUCUCCUGCCCACAGCCAGGUAGGGUGCUCCUGCCCCCCUCAGGAGCCCUCCGCUUCCUCCAGCGACCACCCGCCACCCCUGGUCCGUACCUGGGCUGGCGUCUGUGCUCGGGCCUCGUGCUGGAGUGUGAAGACAGAAGAGCAGAUUGCCGCUGAGGAGGCCUGGUAUGAGACAGAGAAGGUGUGGCUGGUCCAUAAGGAAGGCUUCUCACUGGGCAGUCAGCUCAAAUCUGAGGAGCUCAGCGCGCCGGAAGGGAAGGUGCGCGUGAAGCUAGACCACGACGGUGCCAUCUUGGAUGUGGAUGAGGACGAUGUGGAGAAGGCUAAUGCUCCCUCCUGCGACCGUCUAGAAGAUCUGGCUUCGCUGGUAUACCUCAAUGAGUCCAGCGUCCUCCACACACUGCGCCAGCGCUAUGGUGCCAGCCUGCUGCACACAUACGCCGGCCCCAGCCUGCUCGUCCUCAGCCCCCGCGGGGCCCCCGCUGUGUACUCCGAGAAGGUGAUGCACAUGUUCAAGGGGUGUCGGCGGGAGGACAUGGCACCCCACAUCUAUGCCGUGGCCCAGACCGCGUACAGGGCAAUGCUGAUGAGCCGCCAGGACCAGUCUGUCAUCCUCCUGGGAGGCAGCGGCAGCGGCAAGACCACUAGCUGCCAGCAUCUGGUGCAGUACCUGGCCACCAUCGCGGGCACCAGCGGGAACAAGGUGUUCUCCGUGGAGAAGUGGCAGGCUCUGUACAGCCUUCUGGAAGCCUUUGGGAACAGCCCCACCAUCAUGAACGGCAACGCUACCCGCUUCUCCCAGAUCCUCUCCCUGGACUUCGACCAAGCUGGCCAGGUGGCCUCAGCCUCCAUCCAGACGAUGCUUCUGGAGAAGCUGCGUGUGGCUCGACGCCCAGCCGGUGAGGCCACGUUCAAUGUCUUCUACUAUCUGCUGGCCUGUGGGGAUGGCACCCUCAGGACAGAGCUCCACUUGAACCACUUGGCAGAGAACAAUGUGUUUGGGAUUGUGCCACUGGCCAAGCCUGAGGAGAAGCAGAAGGCAGCUCAGCAGUUCAGUAAGCUGCAGACCUCCAUGAAGGUGUUGGGCAUCUCCCCAGAUGAACAGAAAGCCUGCUGGCUCAUCCUGGCCGCCAUCUACCACCUGGGGGCUGCAGGCGCCACCAAAGAGGCCCCCGAGGAGCAAGCGGAAGCUGCCGAAGCUGGGCGCAAGCAGUUUGCCCGCCACGAGUGGGCCCAGAAGGCCGCAUACCUGUUGGGCUGCAGCCUGGAGGAGCUGUCCUCGGCCAUCUUCAAGCACCAGCACAAGGCCGGCACACUGCAGCGCUCCACCUCCUUCCGCCAAGGCCCCGAGGAGAGCAGCCUGGGAGACGGCACAGGCCCCAAACUGAGUGCCCUGGAGUGCUUAGAGGGCAUGGCGUCUGGCCUCUACAGUGAGCUCUUCACCCUUCUCGUCUCCCUGGUGAACAGGGCUCUCAAGUCCAGCCAGCGCUCACUCUGCUCUAUGAUGAUUGUGGACACUCCGGGCUUCCAGAACCCUGAGCAGGGUGGAUCGGCCCGCGGAGCCUCCUUCGAGGAGCUGUGCCACAACUACGCCCAGGACCGGCUGCAGAGACUCUUCCACGAGCGCACCUUUGUGCAGGAGUUAGAAAGAUACAAGGAGGAGAACAUUGAGCUGGCAUUUGAUGACUUGGAGCCAGCUGUGGGUGAUUCUGUGGCAGCUGUGGACCAAGCCUCCCAUCAGUCCCUGGUCCGCUCGCUGGCACGCACCGACGAGGCGAGGGGCCUGCUGUGGCUUUUGGAAGAGGAGGCGCUCGUGCCAGGGGCCACCGAGGACGCCCUCCUGGAGCGGCUUUUCUCCUACUAUGGCCCCCAGGAGGGUGACAAAAAAGGCCAAAGCGCCCUCCUGCGCAGCAGCAAGCCGCACCAUUUUCUGCUGGGCCACAGCCAUGGUACCAACUGGGUCGAGUACAACGUGGCAGGCUGGCUGAGCUACACCAAACAGAACCCGGCCACACAGAAUGCCCCCCGGCUCCUGCAGGACUCCCAGAAGAAAAUCAUCAGCAACCUGUUUCUGGGUCGGGCAGGCAGUGCCACGGUGCUGUCAGGCUCCAUCGCAGGCUUGGAGGGUGGCUCGCAGCUGGCGCUGCGCCGGGCUACCAGCAUGCGGAAGACCUUCACGACGGGCAUGGCGGCUGUCAAGAAGAAGUCACUGUGCAUCCAGAUUAAGCUGCAGGUGGAUGCCCUCAUUGACACCAUCAAGAAAUCAAAGCUGCACUUCGUCCACUGCUUCCUGCCCGUAGCAGAGGGCUGGGCCGGGGAGCCCCGUUCCGCAUCUUCCCGCCGCGUCAGCAGCAGCAGCGAGCUGGACCUGCCCUCGGGAGACCACUGUGAGGCCGGGCUCCUGCAGCUGGACGUGCCCCUGCUGCGUGCGCAGCUCCGGGGCUCUCGCCUGCUGGACGCCAUGCGCAUGUACCGCCAAGGUUACCCUGACCACAUGGUGUUUUCCGAGUUCCGCCGCCGUUUCGACGUCCUGGCCCCACACCUGACCAAGAAGCAUGGGCGCAACUACAUCGUGGUGGAUGAAAGGCGGGCGGUGGAGGAGCUGCUGGAGUCCUUGGACCUGGAGAAGAGCAGCUGCUGCCUGGGCCUGAGCCGGGUGUUCUUCCGGGCCGGCACAUUGGCUCGGCUGGAGGAGCAGCGGGAUGAGCAAACCAGCAGGAACCUAACCCUGUUCCAGGCGGCCUGCAGGGGCUACCUGGCCCGCCAGCACUUCAAGAAGAAAAAGAUCCAGGACCUGGCCAUUCGCUGUGUGCAGAAGAACAUCAAGAAGAACAAAGGGGUGAAGGACUGGGCCUGGUGGAAACUCUUUACCACCGUGCGGCCCCUCAUCGAAGUACAGCUGUCCGAGGAGCAGAUCCGGAACAGAGACGAGGAGAUCCAGCAGCUGCGGAGCAAGCUCGAGAAGGUGGAGAAGGAGCGGAAUGAACUUCGGCUCAACAAUGACCGUCUGGAGACCCGGAUCUCAGAGCUGACAUCGGAGCUGACCGAUGAACGUAACACGGGAGAGUCCACCUCCCAGCUGCUGGACACGGAGACCGCGGAGAGGCUCCGAGCCGAGAAGGAGAUGGAGGAGCUGCAGACCCAGUAUGAUGCGCUGAAGAAGCAGAUGGAGGUGAUGGAGAUGGAGGUGAUGGAGGCCCGUCUCAUCCGGGCAGCAGAGAUCAACGGGGAGGUGGACGAUGAUGACACAGGCGGCGAGUGGCGCCUGAAGUACGAGCGAGCCAUGCGGGAGGUAGACUUCACCAAGAAGCGGCUCCAGCAGGAGUUCGAGGACAAGCUGGAGGUGGAGCAGCAGAACAAGAGGCAGCUGGAAAGGCGGCUCGGGGACCUGCAGGCCGACAGUGACGAGAGCCAGCGGGCUCUGCAGCAGCUCAAGAAGAAGAGCCAGCGGCUGACAGCCGAGCUGCAGGACACCAAGCUGCACCUGGAGGGCCAGCAGGUCUGCAACCACGAGCUGGAGAAGAAGCAGAGGAGGUUCGACAGUGAGCUCUCGCAGGCGCACGAGGAAGCCCAGCGGGAGAAACUGCAGCGGGAGAAGCUGCAGCGGGAGAAGGACGCGCUCCUCGCCGAGGCCUUCAGCCUGAAGCAGCAGCUGGAGGAAAAAGACAUGGACAUUGCCGGAUUCACCCAGAAGGUUGUCUCCCUGGAGGCCGAGCUCCAGGACAUUUCUUCCCAAGAGUCUAAGGAUGAGGCCUCUCUGGCCAAGGUCAAGAAACAACUCCGGGACCUGGAGGCCAAAGUCAAGGAUCAGGAAGAGGAGCUGGAUGAGCAGGCGGGGACCAUCCAGAUGCUGGAGCAGGCCAAGCUCCGUCUAGAGAUGGAGAUGGAGCGCAUGAGACAGACCCAUUCCAAGGAGGUGGAAAGUCGGGAAGAGGAGGUGGAGGAGGCCCGGCAGUCGUGUCAGAAGAAGCUGAAACAAAUGGAAGUGCAGCUUGAGGAGGGGUAUGAGGAUAAGCAGAAGGUGCUGCGAGAGAAGCGGGAACUGGAGAGCAAGCUCGCCAUGCUGAGUGACCAGGUGAGCCAGCGGGACCUGGAGUCUGAGAAGCGGCUCCGGAAGGACCUGAAGCGCACCAAGGCCCUGCUGGCGGACGCGCAGAUCAUGCUGGACCACCUGAAGACCAACGCACCCAGCAAGAGGGAGAUCGCCCAGCUAAAGAACCAGCUCGAGGAGUCCGAGUUCACCUGUGCUGCAGCCGUGAAAGCGCGGAAAGCAAUGGAGGUGGAGAUAGAAGACCUGCACCUGCAGAUUGACGACAUCGCCAAAGCCAAGACGGCGCUGGAGGAGCAGCUGAGCCGCCUUCAGCGUGAGAAGAAUGAGGUCCAGAGCCGGCUGGAGGAGGACCAGGAGGACAUGAACGAGCUGAUGAAGAAGCACAAGGCGGCCGUGGCUCAGGCCUCGCGGGACUUAGCACAGAUGAAUGAUCUCCAGGCUCAGCUAGAAGAAGCCAACAAGCAGAAGCAAGAGCUGCAGGAGAAGCUCCAAGCCCUCCAGAGUCAAGUGGAGUUCCUAGAACAGUCCAUGGUGGACAAGUCCCUGGUGAGCAGGCAGGAAGCUAAGAUCCGGGAGCUGGAGACCCGCCUGGAGUUCGAAAGGACCCAAGUGAAGAGGCUGGAGAGCCUGGCCGGCCGGCUCAAAGAGAACAUGGAGAAGCUGACCGAGGAGCGGGACCAGCGCACUGCAGCUGAGAACCGGGAGAAGGAGCAGAACAAGAGGCUACAACGGCAGCUCCGGGACACCAAGGAGGAGAUGGGCGAGCUCGCCAGGAAGGAGGCUGAGGCGAGCCGCAAGAAGCACGAACUGGAGCUGGAUCUGGAGAGCCUGGAGGCUGCUAACCAGAGCCUGCAGGCCGAUCUAAAACUGGCAUUCAAGCGCAUUGGGGACCUGCAGGCCGCCAUCGAGGAUGAGAUGGAGAGCGAUGAGAAUGAGGACCUCAUCACCAGUUUGCAGGACAUGGUGACAAAAUAUCAGAAAAGAAAGAAUAAACCCGAGGGGGACUCCGAUGUGGACUCCGAGCUGGAGGACCGGGUCGACGGCGUCAAGUCAUGGUUGUCGAAAAACAAGGGGCCUUCCAAGGCAGCUUCCGAUGACGGCAGCUUGAAGAGUUCUAGCCCUACCAGCUACUGGAAGUCCCUUCCCCCUGACCGGUCCGAUGAUGAGCACGACCCUCUGGACAGCGCCUCCAGGCCGCGGUAUUCCCGUAACUAUCUGAGUGACAGCGACACAGAGGCCAAACCGACAGAGACCAACGCAUAGCCCAGGGGAGUGGUCUGUACCUCUUGCACCCACCGGCCACCGCUGCCACGGCGCCUCUCCCAGGAAAUGGCGGGGCGCAGGUCUCCCCCACCUGACUGCUGAUCUGCAUGGGAAACACCCAGCCCCCUUGGGUCUGGGGGGCUUUCCAAGCUGUGGGUGUCUGACAUCUCCACGUGGAAGAGGUGUGGGGAGGGGGAGAGGAGUUUCUGAAAAGAGAACUUUUUGCUCCUUCUGCCUCCAAAAGGCCACACUCUGUGGGCAGUGGCAGGGGGCUCGGCACUGCAUGGAGCCAGCAAGCUGACCUCCAUCUCAGCCCCCUGCUCAGGGACGGUGGACAGAUUGCCUGCUGGGACACUCUAGGUUGCUGGGUCCAUGGGGAGGAGUCGGGGGCAGGAACAGCCAUUCCUCCCUCCCUGGCUUGGGGCGAGGGCUUUCUCUUCUCAGUGCCUGCUGUCUUUUUACUUUUAAUUUAAAUACCCAACCUCGCCAUCACAGCUGCAUCCCUGAGAGUGGGAGGGGGCUGUGGUGGCAGCUGGGGUUUGCGGGGAAUGACUAGGGGAAUCUCAUCUCCAUCUUCACUCCUCGGAGAGCAGUCCUUUCUCUGCGCAGCUGGAGAAACCGGUGAGCGGAGCUGGGGCCAGAUUCUUCAGUCAGCCUGGGGAGGGGCUCUCAGGUGCUUCUGGGUAUAGGGUGAGCCAGCCGACACAGACAGGGGUACAUAUGUGCCAUCCGGCACUCUCAGCCCCCACCCCUCUCUGUCUCAUCAGUGUGUUAAGUGCAAUGACCUAUUUAAGACUAAACCCAUUCCACCUACACCAAUUCGGGGCCCAUCGAAGCACUGCCUCCCUGCCGCUCUGUCCAAGUUGCCCGGACCAUAGGCCCAACUGGAGAGGGAAGGCCACGGGUUGAGGGCUUGUGAUCAGAAAAACUGAGAAUGGGGGUUUUGGUCAGUAUUGACGUGUAUUAGACACAAGCCCUCACCUGUGUCCUGAGCCAGAUUAAUUUUUCUUCUUCCAGUUGCCCUCCCCCACACAUUUACCCUAGACAUGACAACGUGUAGCCCCACAGUCCCAGCCCCCACCCUAAAGGUCAUCCAGCCAACACCACCAGACUUGGGGGCCCGAGGGCAGUGCCUGGUGCCGCUCCCAUCCGCUGUCCCCUCUCCCCUUCUCCCCUGCAAUUGGUUUGUACUCAUUGGGCUGUGCUCUCUCUUCCCUGUUUACCUGAUGUAUGGAAAUAAAUGUCCUUUUCCUCCUG